AUGAGGCUAUACCGCCUCACCGUCCGAAAAAGCGGGGGAGGGGGCAACUACACAAGCUUGCGUAAGAAGCUCACCAGAGCCCAGAAGGCGGCGAGCCGAUAUGAAGAGUAUAAGAAAUCUCUAAUCGCUGGACUCUUUGCGGCCAUUGUCGGGCUCGGCCUCUCCGCCGCCGUCAUAGCCAAAGUGCCCGGCAAUGCUGCUAUGAUAUGGCAUUUGUGCCUAGUAACCAGCGUCUCUGUCUAUACUUUUAAGCCUGUGUUUAGUCUGGCAAGGGCGAUGCAUUAUGCCAAAAAAGCCAGCGAAGAACCUGUUAUUGUACAUUAA